AAUGAAGGCGUUAACAUUAUUUUUAUUGUGUAUUACAGUGGGGUUUAGUUCAGGCUACCUCAUCAGGGUCCCUACGUUACCAAGACAGGCGAAGAUCGCACCAAUAGGAUGGGUCCACAUUCAGAAGCUGAUGCUCCCACUCGUAGAAAACGUUUGUGAGGAUAGCACUAACGCGAUGGUCGUGCAACUGGCCAAGGAUUUCUCUCUGGACGCAGCCAAUGGAAAUUAUACGAAAGCGGGGGUCGUGGAAUAUCUUCGCAACCUUAAAACGAGUAAAGGAUUCUUGCCAAAAGGCGAAAUAUUUACUGAAUACAACAAAGACCAUGUUGAUGAAUUGAAGGGUUUAUUCGAACUUUUCUAUUAUGCCAGAGACUUUGACGCUUUCUACAGAGCGGCGGCGUGGGCUCGGCAAAACAUCAACUGUGGACUGUUUAUUGAUGCUUUAUAUUUAGCUAUUCUAAAUAGAAGAGAUACUGAAAAGAUAUCUGUACCGCCACCUUACGAGCUUUUGCCUAACUACUUCAUCAACCGAGACGUCGUAAUAAAGGCGUCAUUUCUACUAACCGGUGAUGAUCAGACUCCUUCAGAGGACGUUAGGAUUGAAGGAAACUCUUACAUCCUCGAUGCUAAAUACACAUCAGAACUUGACGACAGUGACGAUGAAGCAAAACUUGCGUAUUUUAGAGAAGAUGUCGGGUUAAACACCUUCUACUUUUUAAGGAAACUGAGAAAUUCUCCUUGGUUUGACACACCAUCUAACACUAAUGAUUUUUAUGGUGAAAAAAUGUUCCAAAUGAUGAAACAGUUUUCAGCUAGAUACGAUUUAGAAAGAUACUCGCUUGAGUUGCCAGAAUUAGAAGGGUUCACUUGGGAUUCUCCAAUUGGUUCUUAUGACCCUAUGCUGAUUUACUCAAAUGGAAAUGAGUUUGUUCAUAGAUCAUUUGCUGGAGUACUAAAUGAAAAUGAAGAUAUAACAUUUUUGAAAACCAUUGAGAACAAUCUAGCAUCUGUUGUGACACACUUGAGACAAGCUGGCCACAAUAAAUCCCAGAUAUUAAAUCAACUCAUUGAAUUACUUGUGACGUCGGAAAGAAACUAUGAAACAGUCGCUCGGAAAUUACUUGGAUACGACUCAAACGUGAAUGAAAGGCAAUGCUCUGUCUUAGAACACUACAUGACUAAGUUGAGAGACCCAGUUUUUUGGCAAAUAAAUAAGAAAAUAGUGCAAUUAAUUGACAACGCCCUUAAAGUUCUUCCAACGUACACAAGGAACGAGCUGUAUUUCCCAGGAGUCGAGGUACUCAGUGUAGACAUAAAGAAGAUGAUGACUAGCUUUGACAGCUUCGAAUUUGAUGUCACUAAUUCCUUGAAGACAACAACUACCAACACCACUUUCCAAGUAAAAGUAGCGCAACCACGACUUAACCACAAACCAUUCAGUAUCAAGCUUAAUAUAUCAUCAUUAGUAACUAAGAAAGCUUUUGUCAAAAUAUACCUAGGACCAAAAAUGAUGCCAGGUGAAUUAGCAUCGAAAAAACACUUGUUUGUCUUAUUAGACAUGUUUGAACUGAAUCUCAAGAGAGGUGCUAAUGGAGUGACGAGGUCUUCAGAUCAAAUGACAAGCUUUUCUGAUGAUUUCAUAUCUUUGAGAGAUCUCAAAAAGAAAAUAGAAGACGCUGAAUUUGGGUUGGAUGCUUUGCCGUUAAAGACGGUUGAAUCGCAAAUUGGAUACCCCUCAAGGCUGAUUCUACCUAAAGGCUUACCUACGGGACUUCCGUUACAAAUGUUUGUAUUUGUAGCUCCCUUCUCUAAAAGUACGAUUGGCGCAUCAUCGUCUAUGGCUAACGUGGAACUAAAUACAGCAAUAUUGUCACCUGGUUAUCCUUUGGAUUUGGCAAUAGGAACUAAACAAUUAUUUGGCCUACCAAAUGCGUUUGUAAAGGACAUAGUUAUCACACAUAAGAGUGAAUCCAAACCAAAUGGAGGCUAUGGAGGAAGGCCUAGCCCAAGCCGACCUUAUGACUAUUCACAAACAGAAUUCAACGUAAACAAAGACAAUUACGAUGAAGUUCCCCAAGAAAUAGACAUGGAUAUGUACAAUUAUGAUGAUUCAUUGUUAGUACAUGGAUUAGUAGGUGAAAGACCCGACUUCACUUACAAAAAACCUAACAAUAACGAUUAUACCGCCCAAAAUAGUCAAUACAGAACAAAAGAAGACUAUGCUAAUAAGAGGACCGACUUUAGAAAAAAAGACUAUGGUAAUAUCGGCACUGAUAAACAACCUGAACCUUUAUCUCAAGUUGCAGGUUUGGAUGUUAACAAAGAUGUACAAACCAAUUUGGAUACUGUUUCGGACAAAAUUAAUAGCACUGUUGACAAAGUACACGGACUUUUAGGUGAAAGGCCAGCUUUUACUUAUAAGAACAAAGAUUCAAGUUUUACGGAAAAUAAAAAUCAAUACAGGAAUAAAGGAGAUUAUGCCUAUAAAAAAGUCGAGUACAAAAAAGUAGAUUACCAAACAGUGACUGAUAAAAUAGAAAAGGACAAAAAAGAUAAAGAAUAUAAGAAUAACAAUGUCAAUAAUAUAAGUGAUCCUAAGAAUUCUUAUAAUAAAAUACAUUCUUCCAAAAACUCAGACCAGGUUGUGACAGAUUAUGAAGAUAGCAUGACUGACGACUUACUUAAUAAUAAUAAAAUAGCAGUACACGGUUUGCUAGGAAAAAGUACUGAUGAUUAUACCGCUCAGAAAAACAAAUACGAAAUAAAGAAGGACAACUAUAUCAAAAAAGCAGAAACAAAAAAAAUUGACUAUCGUAAAAAAGCUUUUGAGAAAAAAGCUAAAGAAACAGGAGUUCUUGAUUAUUCAUUACUUGAGAAACCAGAAGAUUCUACUUUCACCUACCAAGAUAGGAUCGUCGAUAGUGACGAAGAAAAAGCGGACAAUUAUAAAGUAUUAGAAAACAAAAUCAUAAAAAAUAUGAACAAAACGAUUAACAAGGAUGUUGGCGUUGAUAAAGUUAUUAAAGAUUUGAACAACAAGUCCAUAUUUAAAGACAUUGGCAGUAACACACGAACUGGUAGUGAUGCUGAUUAUAAAGAUGUGUCCAUUAAUGGAAACAAGAAAAUCAAUAAAGAUAUUGUGAAAAAUAAAGAUAUUAUUAAGGUCCCAUCUUCAAAGGAUGAUGACUCUAUAGACUCAUAUUUACGUAAUUAUGAUCAAGUAUCUAAGACGAUCGAUAAAACUAUAAAUAAAAACAAAGACGUUAAUAUGAAAAAUAAAAAACAUGAUUCAAAAUCAAAGGAAGACUCCCGAGAAGUUCAUUUUAAUGUAUAUGAUCCAAACACGCAUACAACAAUCGACAUUGAUACGGAUAAUUCAGAUUCUGUCGAAAACAAACAUUUUUCAAUUACAGUGGACGAAUCAAACGACAAGACUGUUUACAAGGAUAAUAAAAAUAAAGAUAUAUCAAAGAUGCCAUACGAAAAAUACGGAGAAAAUUUAAAUCCUUAUGCACCUGCGGUAACUACAGAGAGAACCAAGAAGCGUGUAAGUGUGUACGAUUUCAUAUUUAACCCCAUAAAUUAUGAUGACAAAGAUUCGCGAGUUUACGAAUAAGGAAUUACCAAUUGUAUGAUAUAGUUUUAGAUUUUUAGCCUUUGUUAUGUUGUUAUUGUUAAUAACAACAUAACAAAGGCAAAUAAAUUAAUUUUACAAUUGUGUACACUUAUUUUGUUAUUUUCAUAGUUAUAAGAUCUCUAUCCGUCAUCCUGAGAAAAAGAAACAAAAUCCUUACUACACACUUGAAAAUAGAACAUCAUGGAUUGGCUUGACUUUAUGCAAUUUCCAACGAUAUGAAAAUUAGAAGAAAGAAUAAUGAGUCUGGUGAUUACUUUUUCAUUUGACAAUCAAAGAUUAUUAAAGAUUAUUAAACGAGUAUAAUUAUGUAGAAAUGGCACCUAAUCUGCAUCUGCUUCACUAAGAUUGAAGGAAACUCGUGAAAGAAUGACGUCAUAAUAAUCUCUCCAAAAGAAGGGAAAAGUUAUAUUUGUAACUAAAAACACUUGGCAUUUACCGUCCUGUCUUACAAGUUUAGUUAACCUAUUCAACUACAUUUUCCGUCGAAAUUAGUGUCAUAUUUCAUUUCAAACAACUAUAAAACAAAGCCUGUGGAUGAAGCCACAAAAACCAAUGCACAUUGAUGCUCUUUCAAGCGGUUUCUAUCAUUAUUUUUGGACAAGUUCCAAAUGUUUUACAACAAACGCUACGCUUUCCCUAUUUUCAUCUCAGAAAAUUUAAAAACCAUCGGUCACCACUGUGACAACGGCUAGAAUACAAAUAGAAAUAUUUUUAUAGUCGAUUACAAGGUUUUUCCAAACAAUCUUAAAUGACAAGUGAUUUCCAUAUAUUUAUUGGAAUAGGCGCAAAAAAAAUGAAACACAACUAACAUUUUAUAAUCAAUAGUAACAUAACUGUUUCAUUGGAUUCGUAAAUUCCUAACAUAUCGUUUUCCGCAUGUGCUGUCAGUUGUGUGUGUUUGUGUAAAUAAAACUUUACGAGUUGUCGUAAAGUCGGACAGUUCAGAUGUUUCAUUAGCAUACCAUUCUUCACUUUUAAGUUUUAAAGAUACCUAUCAGACAACAAUUUGUUUAUAAAAAAACGCGUUAUGCCUUUUUAACUCCAACAGUAAUUUCGGCUUAGACUUCCAUUGAAGAUUUAGGAAUUUAAAAAUCUGUGCUGAUAAAAUUCUAAAUGUAAAGUACCGAUCCAAUUUUUCAUUCAUUAAAAUUCCUGCAGCACUUAAACAUGCAAAUUAUCACAACAGAAAUUGCAGCACGUGGAUCGCUCGCACAAUUAGUGUCAAUAAAAUGUAAGGCAAUAACGUAAAUAGGAUCUUCACGAGUUAUUGCAUUUACGCGUUAAAGACAUUAAUAAAUAAUGUCCUAUUUAAAGAUUCAUUACCAUUUGGCGUCCAGAUAUCACUAGCGAAUUCUGCAGAGAAAACGGCCGGUUCAGUGCCAAAAUGAAGUUAUAUUUCUACUUCAUUGACAUCGAUGAUUCACAGUUUGUUGGGUACCGUAUUGCGAACUAUCCAAACAUUGCUUUUGGCUGUUGCGGCCAAUUAUUUUGAUCAAGGAAUUCCGAGUCGCUGUAAAUCCCGCUGGUCACCGUUCGACGAAUAAAUUUAAUCAGCUCCGAGCGAUUGGAGUUGAAACCGCUGGAAUUUGUAUUUUGAGAUGCUAAUAAAGCAUCGACUAGAUGACUCCGCCAGUUUCCGAGUUGCGCGUAAAGCGAGGCAGGUUUCUGACGGACGCUUCCUACACUAAACUUCGGUAGAGGAAACAUACAAGAUACCAUGACGUUACUCUACUUGUACUACAUUUUAUGAUGUUUUUAUUGAAAACAAAUGAACCGUAUAUCAUGUUAGAAAUAAAUUGUGAGUAUGACCAUGACUCACACCACGUGCUUAAUACGUGUAGAAACUAUAGCCUAGUACACGUUAUUAACUAUUGGUCAUUAAGAGUGACCAUAACCACUAACACCACCCAUGUCGUAAAUUGCUGCUUUCUUCAUAGAGACCAAGGCAAUUGUUAUUGUAAAGGUGACAUUUAUUUGAAAAUACAGCUAUUUAAGACCCAUUUUCACGAUCUUGCUUUAAAACUAGCUGUAGUGGUGAUUCAUCUAGUUUUUCUGAAUAAUAGAAAUGAGUCUACUUCUUCUUCUAUCCUGUAUGUCACAGCCAUAAUGCAUGUUUGAUAGAUGACAUAACGAGCCAAUAUGUCAUCUAUAAACCAUAACGAGAGUAAAUUGUAAUGAGUGUUAAAUUAAUUAUCUAGAUACUUGUAGUAAGAAUCAAAUUUAAUACUCAAGAUUCAAGUGUUACAAAUAUCUACGGACGAAAAUUUAUUUUUGUAGCUUUAAAAAGCGUUCUAGCGAAACUUUAUUAACAUUAACUCUUCCAUAGUUUCGGGAAAAUAAUGAGAAAAGCAAAACUGAAAAUUACAAUAUUACGAGCAAAAAUCCACCUGCAGAAACUGCAAAUGGAUCACUACGUAAUUAAAUUAACAUAUGACCCAAUUUCCGGAUCGUCCGCUCGACAACACAUCGUCAGAAUCUCAGUUCGGACGUUUCACUCAUUGUGGCAUUCGUUGAGAACACAAAAAUUUAUAGUCGAUCACCGACAUUCUAUAUCUGCGCGGGCGCCGUAUAACCCGUUUCACGCGCCAGUGGUCGCCAAUCGAUGACGCGUUUGCGUUUCGCGAUCCACUAAUGCUGUUUAGACGGAAACUUAACGUCUGUCCUAUUAAGACACUUUGUUAUUUACGUCGUUGUUUCGCUUUGAUGUUAAGAUUAGUGUUGAGUUACGGAUUUUAGAGCGAAUUAACGAAUUCCGUUCAUUUUCAAUAUUACAUUAUUUAGACUAUAAGUUAUUUUAUUACUAUUCCUACUAGGCCACUAUCGUCAGCAUCAUCACUAAAGGUAUCGUUAUUAUUAUGACGAAUUGUAAGCCAAUUUGCAUGAAUAAUGCUUUUGGUAUGAACCUUAAAUUUUUUCAAUAUAUUUAAAAAAGUGUACAAUAUGAUAAAUGUUUGCCUAUUUUUCUUAAUUACCUUUUUUACUUUGAACAAAGAUGAAACCUAGAAGAUAAACUCUAACAUAAUUCAGCAGUAGAUCAGGAACAAAUUAGUAUUUUACAAUCACAGAGCAGCCAAAUGCUGCCAACCCCUGCCCGUGACGUGCUCACGCGUAAUAUUUUCACUGGAUUGUUGUGAAUCGGCCGCUUCAAAGGAAUUUCCUGCUCUUAAUCAAGGAGCCUUAAACGCGCGUGCGCUUCUGGAGAGUAUAACAUUGGACGUUUCAGAGAUGUUCCGUUUCAUGUCAUUGGUUCCGAUUUGGCUGAUUUGAUGUUUAUUCAAUGCUAAAUACCUUAUGUUAUUUGUAUUUACAUUAACUAUUAUCGCCAAGUCUGUAUCUACUCUACACGUGUUAGCAGGCGAUGGAGGUUUCCUGGUGCUACUGAUCUAUAUACCAACUAUUCCACGUGGUGAAAAUAGGGCUCAAAAUUGAUGUAAUACGAAAAUGCUUCUGGUUUUAAAAAUAUCUAAAGCAUUGAUGUUUGAAUGAGACAGAUAAGGCGGGCAUUCUACUACAAAUUAUAUUUCUAACUAAAAUCAUAUUUGAGGGAAUACAACUUUUUUCUGUCACUACGAUGAGUAAAAUUACAUUAAUAAC